AUGCGGCACAUGCUGCUGUCUACUGCUGCUGCCGCAGUGGUGGCCACGCUAGAGGAGCAGCUGGAGCGCGCCCCCUGGAUCCAGCUGCUCCCGGUCCCCGGGGCCGGCCGCGGCCUGUUUGCGGCAGCCGACAUCGAGCAGGGCAUGGUGGUGCAUGAGGAGGCCCCCAUGCUCUGCGCCCCAUCGCCACACGCCCUGCACUCCACCUGCCACCACUGCCUGCGACCGCUGGCGCCCGGCGCAGCCAGCCACCAUGGCGGCAGCAGCAGCAGCAGCCCAAGCAGCAGCAGCCCAAGCAGGAUGCCCUUCUGCUCCCCGACCUGCAGCGCUGCCGCCCAGGGAGAGUGGGCGGCGGCAGCAGCCCGGUGCGACUUUGGCCCGCUGCAGCAGGCGUGCCGGGAGGCCGGCGAGAAGUUCCCGCUGAUGCUCGCCCGUCUGGCCUGCAUCCAGGUGCAGCAGCAGCAGCAGCAGCAGCAAGACGACAAGGGAGGGGCCAGCGGCCGCGGUGGCGACGGCAGCAGUGCCCGCGGCAGCAGCAUCAGCAGCGCAGAGGCAGGAGAGGCAGGAGAGGCGGCAGACGCGACGGGGGCAGAGGGUCCGCUGGCCAGGGGCGACCCGCUGACUCAGCUGCGCCACCUGUGCUUCGCCAACCUGGCGGAGCCGCCGCCGCCGUGGGCGGACAUGCACCGCCUGCUGCUGCACGCCCUGCGCCCGCUGCUGGAGCCCGAGCUGCGGCGGCAGCUGUCGCUGGCCUGGUUCUGCGACGCCAUGGCGCGCCUCCACCUCAACUCCUUCAGGGUGGACACGGUGCCGCCGCUGGACGCGUCCGACCCCUCCGCCCUGCUGCGCGCCGCCGCCGCCUCGCUGGCCGGCUCGGCGUCGGCGGCGCACCACACCGGCAGCGCCGCCUACCUGCUGGCCAGUCUGCUGAACCACAGCUGCGAGCCCAGCCUGGGCGUUUCCUUCCCCCGCAACAAUGCCGUGGCGGCGUUCACCGCGGCCCGCCACAUCGCGCGCGGCGAGCAGCUGACCGUCAGCUACGUCGACGCGGGGCAGGGCCUGGCGGCGCGGCGGCAGGCCCUGGCCUGGGCCUACGGCUUCACCUGCCGCUGCCCGCGGUGCGUGGAGGAGGCGGCGGCGGGCGGCCAGUGA